AAGGAGGGAGGGGGCCAUGGCUGCUGCUGCUGCUGCUUUUUCGCGGCGCUGAGGGAAGAGGAAGAGGAAGAGGAAGCCGAGCAGGACGGAAGCCAGGAUGGGGGAGAAGGCGGGCACCAGGGUCUUCAAGAAGUCCAGCCCCAACUGCAAACUCACAGUCUACCUGGGCAAACGGGACUUUGUGGAUCACCUGGACCGAGUGGAUCCUGUGGAUGGCGUUGUCCUUGUGGAUCCGGAGUACCUUAAGGACCGGAAGGUGUUUGUGACGCUGACCUGCGCCUUCCGGUACGGGCGCGAGGACCUGGACGUGCUGGGCCUGUCCUUCCGGAAGGACCUCUUCCUGGCGUCCUGGCAGGCCUUCCCUCCGGCCCAGGAGACCCCCAAGGAGCCCCUCUCCCGCCUCCAGGAGAGGCUCCUCCGCAAGCUCGGCUCCAACGCACACCCCUUCGGAUUCAUCAUCCCGCAGAACCUGCCGUGUUCGGUGACGCUGCAGCCGGGCCCGGAAGACACCGGAAAGGCCUGCGGGGUCGAUUUUGAGAUCCGGGCGUUUUGUGCCAAAAACCUCGAUGAGAAGAUUCAUAAAAGGAACUCCGUCCGCCUGGUCAUCCGCAAGGUCCAGUACGCCCCGGAGAAGCCCGGCCCGCAGCCCAUGGCCGAGACCACGCGCCACUUCCUGAUGUCCGACCGGUCACUUCACCUGGAGGCCUCCCUCGACAAGGAGCUCUAUUACCACGGAGAGCCGGUCAGCGUCAACGUCCACGUCACCAACAAUUCCAGCAAAAGUGUCAAAAAGGUCAAAGUGUCAGUGCGGCAAUACGCAGACAUCUGCCUCUUCAGCACCGCGCAGUACAUGUGCCCCGUGGCCCAGAUCGAGCAGGACGACCAAGUGGCGGCCAGUUCCACCUUCUGCAAGGUCUACACGCUGACGCCGCUCCUGAGCAACAACCGGGAGAAGCGCGGCCUGGCCCUGGACGGGAAGCUCAAGCACGAGGACACCAACCUGGCCUCCUCCACCAUCGUGAAGGAAGGCGCCAGCAAGGAGGUCCUGGGCAUCCUGGUCUCGUACCGGGUGAAAGUGAAGCUGGUGGUCUCCCUUGGAGGUGACGUCUCGGUGGAGCUGCCCUUCGUCCUCAUGCACCCCAAGCCCCCCGACCAGGCCUCCCUCCCGCAGCCACAGAGCACCGCCCCAGAGACGGACGCAGACGCACCGGUGGACGCCAACCUCAUUGAGUUUGAAACCAACUACGGCCAGGACGACGACAUUGUCUUCGAGGACUUUGCGCGCCUGCGGCUGAAGGGCCUGAAGGACGACAAGGAGGACGACGACCACUUCUGCUAGGACGGCCGCGAGGAAACCCCUCCCCCCCGAAAAGGGGGGGCAUUGGGGACCAGCCAAAAGAGGGGAGGGGGGAGGCCAGGGAGAGGGAGCCCCCCUCCUCCUCGGUCGGUCAGAGAAUGUCUUGCCGGAGACCCUCCCCCCCACGCCCCUCCCCAUUCCCAGCUUCCUGUGUCUUUGAGGGGGGCGUGACCCCUUCAGGGGGCUUUUAAUGUGACUAAAGUGGGGAGGGGGCUUCCUUCCUUCCCGCGCUCCCUCUUCCGCCUGCUGCCUCCCCUCUGCUGCUGCCGCCGCCGUCACCCCCGCUGUGUAUUUUCCCAGAUGAACUUUAACCUUUCACUGCGCCCCCCCCCCCCCACUUUUGUGUCUCCUCGUCGUCGCCCCCUCCCCAGUUUCCCCUCCCCGAGUCUGACGCACUGGAUCCAUCCAUUGGUUGGGCAUUACGUGUCUUCUUUUAACUUCACCGCCGCCUCGGGUUUGUAAACGCCUCGUUUUAAGGAACGCUGUUUUAACGGGUUUGUGUCGGGAAUGAAGCCCCCUCCCCACUGUCAGGGGGGGGCAAAGAAGCCUCCGGUUGCCUUAGAAGCCAUUUUGCAGGGGGGGCGGGGGCGUUCUGUCCAUGGGAGACCCCACCCCCCAUUUUAGCCCAUUUUAGCCCUCCCUCCCCCCUCCCUUCCUGCCGUCCAGCCGGGGUCAAGGGUCAAGGCCUGUAAACAAAUAAGGAGGGGGGAGGGGGGCGUCCUGUGGCAAUCGGGACCUUUUUACCCUGGAGACCCCCACCCUUUCCCCCCAAGACGUCAGCCCCUCCCUGGCCAAAAAAGGAAGGAAGGAAGAGGAAGGAAGGAGGAAGAAGGAGGGGAAGGGGAGGGAAGACCAAGAGAGGGAAACGGAAUCAAACACACGGAAUAAAACGGUUCCAGCCACAUGA